AUGGCCGGCUGGGACGGCAUCGAUGCAGCGCCUUUUCUCCGCCUCGCGCAGGAGGGGUUUGCACGUACGAUCGAUGCGGUAUCCGAGUCGAAGACGCUGCUGAUUGAUCCGAUGCUCGCGGGGCCACUUGGGCUUGUGUCAGAUGUCGGCGCACUGCGCCAGCGCGGCGUCGAGAAAAUGUUUUGGCUGGAAGAAGCAGGCCCUGGAGAGAGUGGGGGCGUGCAAGCGCCCACACGGCAGCUCUUGUACCUGUGCCGCCCCGAGAUUCGAUGGAUGCGCACGGUGCAUGCGCAUAUGGAGGCGGAUACCGCGCUUCACGACGACCAACACUAUGCAUACACGAUUGCAUUCGUCCCGAACCGCACCGAGCCGUGCCUGCAAUACCUGCGCCGCCACACACUUACAAGCAGGAUCCAUAUCCUUGACUUUGGCCUUGAAUUUAUCCCACUCGGCCCCGACUUGCUCAGUUUGGAAGACGACGCGGCAUGGGUGCAUACCUUUGCGCAUGGCGAUCACACUUCCCUCUUCCGCGCUGCACAAGCGCUGAUGACGAUGCAGUGCACAUACGGCCUCUUUCCGCGUAUCGUCGGCAAAGGCGACAUGGCGAACCGGCUUUGUGAUCUUCUCGUGCGCCAGCGGCGAGAGCAAUGUGCCUCGGAUGUUGGAAGUGCCGCACUACAAACACUCUCGCCUCAAAUCGACGCGCUCGUGGUGCUGGACCGGACAGUGGACCUUGUGACGCCGUUCUCGACGCAGCUCACGUACGAAGGCCUGAUUGACGAGGUGUUUUCCAUAGCCAACGGCUUCGUCGAGGUCGAUGCCGCGUGGGUUGGCGCUGCCUCUGCACAAGCCCAGGCACGCGCUGCCGCGCCGGUGAGCUCUGCGAAGCGCAAGGUGCGGCUCGACGGUGUGGACGACGCCCUCUUUCAUGCCAUACGCGAUGAUAACUUUGCCAUUGUCGGCGAAAAACUGCACACGGUCGCCAAGCGCCUCAGCAAAGACUACGAGGGGCGGCACAAGGCGAGUAGCGUGCAUGAGAUUCGCUCUUUUGUGAGCAAGCUUGGAAAUUUGCAAAGCGAGCAUGCAAGUCUACGGCUGCAUACAAGCAUGACCGAAGCGCUGCUGCGCACCACCAAGACGGAGCGUUUUCACCGCGUCUUGGAGGUGCAGCAGAACCUCGUUGCGGGCUACCAAACCGCGCAGCAGCUGCAAGCACUGGAAGAACUGAUGCUGUUGAAGACGCCCGGUCUUACAGUGCUGCGCCUCGCAUGCAUCGCAUGCCUGCUAGGCGCGGUGUCGCGCGGCAAGUGGCUCGACCAGUUCCGCACCUCGUUUGUGCAGACAUACGGUUUCGAGUUCUUGCCGCUCCUUGUCGCGCUUGCCGAGAUGCGUAUCCUGUGUGUUGCAUCGCACGGCGCGCGCAAGAGUUCGCAGUUUAGCGAUGUGCGACGGCCGCUUGCGCUGAUCGACGACGAGGUCGACGAGCGCGCGCCGCAAGAUGUGAGCUACGUAUUCAGUGGCUAUGCGCCGCUCUCGGUGCGCCUUGUGCAGACCAUUUGCCAGCACCCAUACAAAGGCGCGACGCACGGGACAAGGCUGCUUGCCACGCGGAUCGCGGGAUGGCGCAACGUCGACGAGGCGAUUGUCAAGCUGCGCGGCGCCACGUUCGAUUUCCUGCAGACUGCCGGCGAAAAGCCAGCGCUGCCGCAGCAGGACACGGUGCAGACCACGGUCGUCUUUUUCCUUGGCGGCGUCACCUAUGCCGAGAUUGCUGCGAUCCGGCUCAUGAAUGCACAGCAGCGGAGUCGGCGCUUUUUAAUCGCCACGACCUCGGUGGUGAAUGGGAAUAGUAUGUUGCGGCAGCUCAGCUCGGUGCCGCUUCCUAUAGUACACUAA